UCGAAUCAUUCACAGUCAUUCCGCGACGUUGGUAGAUCGCGGCAGCGUCGAGGCGCGUUCUCUUCGCCAGGCGGAUCGAUUUUUCGAUUUUUCGUCGCAUCGUCAGCCGAAUUCUAUUGCCAGUCGAUUUCGAGUGAUACCGACUUAAAAUUUCGAAAUCUUCGCCGGCGAUUGCUGUGCCGCUGUUGCCGUGUGCUCGUGUCAGUGAUUUCAACAGACCUGUGCGUUUCGCGAGCUACCUAUUCGUCUUUUUACAGAAAACUCGAGGAAACAGAGGAAAUUGUCCGAUUGAAGGGGAAUACGUACCUGACGAAUUUCACUGUGCCGUCCGGUAUUCAUUCUCGAGUGUUUCGUUGCUGGGAGAUUGCGUCGGGAUUGCGACACGCACCGCACGAAGAAAGUGGAAGUGAACGGAGAGCGAAAGUUCUGUUGUAACAUUCUCCGCGUCGUUGAAAGUCGACGAUCCCUGGCCGAUCCCGAGCUUCGUGUGUUCGUCGAUGCUGCACACGGGUGUACCGGAGCAAGGACUAAGAUUCGAACGGGCAGAUCCAGUUGCGCGGCGCGUUCUUGCAAUCCUGAAGUGGAUCUGAAUCGGUGGAGGCCGGCAGUGAAUGGAGGAUCGCCGAUCGGUGCGGAGGCGGCGUUUCACGUUGCUCUACACGCCAAGGACGCGGGCCAGCAUGGUCAUGUACAUCAGCACCGUGCGUCUCGUGAUUCUCCUCGGGAUGUUCCUCAUGUUCACCGGCGACUACAGCUACCUGACCAACACGAUUUUCGGCCGAUCCUCCCGGGAAAAUAUCACCGAACCGGAUAAAAACCUGGACGAUGCCGGCAGCAAGCCGGCAGUGGCUCCUGCGAACGGGAUAGCCUUGGCAACGGUGAAGAAGGACAACGAGAAAGAGAAUGCGAUCUCACGACGUGCAAAGAUGAUGGCGACAAUCAAGACGGCUUGCUUGCCCAAGCUUAUAUGCGAACUGACCUCGUCCGUCCAUCAGGACCAGCUGAGUGAGAUGGAACGAACCUUGCUGAACUUAAUCAGGGACACGAGUUUGAACACGAUGGCGGAAGUGCGCUCGAGGUACCACUUUGCGGCGCAUAUGGGUCAACUGAUAUCCGGCGUGGAAGGUCAGGGAUGUCAUAAUUUCUACCCCACCUGCCCGCUGCCCGGCUCCAGCGUUCUCAACAUGAUGAAGAAGAUUCGCUUACGCUGACACCGCAGUGCCAAGCGGACAAACAAUGAAAAUAUGCGACGACGUAAUCUGUGAUAUCUCGCAGACGACAUUUUUCUUCUUCUUCUUCUUCUUCUUCUUCUUUGUAACGUUGCUACGACGAAGAUUCGACUUUUUUAAGAGUUGAAACGAAAGAAUUCAUCAUCGUGAAAAGAAAGAAGAUCGUGAACGAGGGGAAUGUGACGAGCUGGAUAAUGAUGUUUCGAGAUUGCAUUGAAGAUGAUUAAGAAACUUGUGUCUAGAUUAAGUGUACUUAAGGAAUGUACUCGAGUCCAGUGAACAGUCAUUGGAUUAGACAAUAGCGUUUAAUCGAUGUAAGAUUGCUUUAGACUUACUUUAAAUUGUUCAAGUGAAUCGAAUAGUAUUCAAUUCGCCUGAGAAAUCUCGUACGUUUAGGAGGAAAAAUAUAGUAAUUAUUUAUUUCUUGUCGACGAACGAUAUUUGACUCCUACGUUGUUUUAACGUAAGAUUUAUGAAACGAAAUUUUCUAUCACAAUCACACAGUGUCGAGAGUGAACGUUCUUUCGAUGUAUU